AUGGAGCCAGAACAGAAAAAGGUCAUCAUCAUCGGCGCUGGCUUCGGUGGCUUGGCCCUCGCACACGGCCUCAAGAAGCGAGGCGUGCCGUUUGUCGUCUAUGAGCGCGACGCGACAAAGAUGGCAGGCCUCCACGGCUAUCGUGUGGGCAUCAGCGUCGAUGGAUCACAUGCGCUUCAGGAGCUGCUCUCGCCAGACCUCUUUACAAUGUUUGACAAAACGUCUGCACAUGAGCCCGAGUAUUUCAUCAUCUUUGACGAAAGGUUCCGACGGCUGCUCAAGCUCGGUGUUGGCGUCGAUGAAGCGACCCCCGUCCAGGACAGAGAGCACAGUGUGUCAAGGCCUAUCUUGAGACAGGUUUUGCUGUCGGAUUUGGAGGAAGGUAGCGAGGUUCGUUUUGGUAAGACAUUUGAACGCUACGAAGAAGACGGUGACGGUCCAAUCACCGUCCACUUCAGCGACGGCACCACAGACACCGGUCAUGUGCUUGUCGGUGCUGAUGGCGCCAACUCGCUUGUGCGAAGACAGCGCCUACCCCAAGCUCAAGUCGUCGAUACUAAUAUCGUCUCGCUCGCUGCAAAAUAUGAGCUCGAUGAGGAGGCCCGGCAGCUGAUGCCCAAAGACGUCGACCGAAGUGUGACGCUCAUCAACGGGCCAAGGGGGUCAGGCGGAAUUAUCCACACCCUCUACUUCUCCAACAGAGACGACCUAGUUGAGACCUUGACGGAGCAGCAACGCAGCAAGUAUGCUUCAAAUGACUCCGAUUCACUCCUCUCGCGCUGCGAACCGAGCAUGAAGGACUGGGCGCACUGGGCUAUCUGGGCAUCUGCGGACAAAUUUCCUCCCGACAUCCUUGCCAAGAGAAACGCUGACAUCGCAGCUGCGGCACUGGACCUCGCUCAGGAGCUAGGCUAUUGCAAAGACUUUCAAAGGCUUAUUGAGAAGAGCAUCCCGGAAUCAGCUUUCCCGAUUGCGAUUCGGACGAGCGAGCCGCUCAAGGAAGCCUGGCAGCCAUCUCGCGUUACCCUGCUUGGUGAUGCGGUCCAUACGAUGACUCCCGGCCGUGGAGUCGGUGCCAACACCGCCCUGCGAGACGCCCUUGCCCUCUCUCAAGCCCUUGGCGAGAGAUGGAGUCAAAGCACACCUGAAAUCAUCAGUUCAAUUGGCUCAUACGAGUCGUCGAUGAGGAGCUACGCGUACCCUGCCGUGCUUGCCUCCCGGAGGAUGAUGGACGGUCGCUCUUUCAUUCAUCGCCGUCCUUACUUCCUCGGAUGGAUCUCCAAUCAGCUCUUCAGGAUUGUUCUGAGGCUCGCCGAUGUGCUUUUGCCGCUGAGAACACUUUACGCUAGGAUUCUGCAGAGGGAUCGUGGGCACGAAAGGGCCAGGCAGAGGAGGAGGGAGAAAGCCAAGAGUGUUUGAGCGUGCUUGUACGCUCUUCGUUGUAUUCCCCCUUUCUGGUCGUUUGCGAUAUGAUUACCUGUUUUCGCAUGACGGACCGGCAAUACGCCUCAGCUCCAUAUAAGUCUAUAUCCACAGGAAACGGCAGAGAGAAAGCCCGCGCGCAGCCGCUCUCAGUAGAUCAAUAGUCUUUCAUUUGUCCAUCCUCAAAUCCAAUGUGACCUUGUUCUGGUG